UUUAUCUUUCUUUUUCUCUAUUAUCUCUCUCCCCUUCUCUCCUUCAUUUCUCCCAAACCUUUAACCAACAAAACUCAUCAUCUUCAUAUCCCAGAAGAAUACUUGAAAAAAAAAUAGCCCUAUGAUGAAAAAUCAAAACUUUUCACUUGCAUGAAAAGGGUAAAGAGAAGAAAGAUGGGCAUGAUUCACUUCUUGCAGCUGAAAAUUUGGUUGCUGAUGCUUAAAAGUCUCUCGCUUUCUCUAUUAUCUUAUGAGGCUCAGUAGCAUUCGAUCUAUCAAAACACCGCCUCCAGAAAUAGCAAAGAAAAAGAAAGAAAUAAUAGCCCGAGAAUCUGUGUCUCUAUCUCAAGUUAGUUGGGUUUUGAAGGUAAUUAGGGUAAGGAAAUCUAAUGGAUCCAGUAGCAGCACAUGGGCGUCCACUUCCGCCUCCUUUCCAUACAAGAGAUCUUCAUUUACAUCCGCACCAUCAAUUUCAACAUCACCACCACCAACAACAACAGCAACAAAACUCCGAAGAUGAACAAACAGGUAACGGUAGCAUAAACCGUGGUCAAAAGCGAGAACACGAUGAGAUCACAACUCCAGAAGGCAAAGAAUUAGUCCCAACAACUGGUGGUGGAGAUGGAGAGAUGACAAGAAGGCCUAGAGGAAGACCUGCCGGGUCAAAGAACAAGCCCAAACCACCUAUCAUAAUCACAAGAGAUAGCGCAAAUGCCCUUCGAUCUCAUGUAAUGGAAAUCGCAAAUGGUAGCGAUAUUAUGGAAAGCGUAUCGACUUUUGCAAGAAGAAGGCAAAGAGGAGUUUGCAUUUUAAGUGGAACUGGUACUGUAACUAAUGUUACUCUUAGACAACCAGCUUCACCUGGAGCAGUUGUUACUUUACAUGGAAGAUUUGAGAUUUUAUCGCUGUCAGGGUCGUUCUUGCCACCUCCAGCACCACCGGCUGCAUCUGGAUUGACUAUAUAUUUAGCGGGUGGUCAAGGCCAAGUAGUUGGAGGCAGCGUUGUGGGUCCUCUUUUAGCAUCCGGUCCGGUGGUGAUUAUGGCAGCUUCUUUUGGUAAUGCGGCUUAUGAAAGGUUGCCUUUGGAGGAGGAUGAUGGACAAGUGCCGGUGCCUGGAAGUGGGCCUUUAGACUCGCCUGGAGUUGUGGGACAAACGCAGCCGCAGCAACUAAUGCAAGAUCCAAACCCACCUCUAUUCCAAGGAUUGCCUCCUAAUCUACUUAAUUCAGUUCAACUUCCAGCUGAGGCUUAUUGGGGCGCAGCUCGCCCUCCUUUUUAGUAACAUCAAAAAGAUUACUGUUGCUUUUUUUUUUUUUGGGUCUUUUGUUUCUCUUGACUUCUUAAUCAUCAAUCUUCAUUCUUCUUCUCCUUCCUUUAAGCGUUAGGGUAUCUUUUUUUUUUUUUUUUUCUAAGAUGGUGAUGAUCAUCUCGUGGUAUUCAUAUCUGCCUUUAAUUGAAGAAGGAUGUACAAAUUUUAUGAUUUCUUUUUUUUUUUCUUGUGGGUUUGUUCUAUCCUUUUGAUUUAACUUGAAGAUGAAGCAGCAGUUAGCAACAGAA